AUGAGGCCGCAACGGGAAUAUCAUAUUGUUGUGCUGGGUGCUGGUGGUGUUGGGAAAAGUUGUCUUACUGCUCAAUUCGUCCAAAAUGUUUGGAUUGAGAGUUACGAUCCCACGAUUGAGGAUUCCUAUCGUAAACAGAUUGAAGUAGAUGGACGACAAUGUAUACUGGAGAUUCUGGACACUGCAGGUACAGAACAGUUCACUGCUAUGAGAGAAUUAUACAUGAAGCAAGGCCAAGGGUUUCUGCUCGUAUUUUCAAUCACCAGCAUGUCAUCCCUACACGAGCUCUCAGAACUGCGAGAGCAGAUUACCCGCAUUAAAGACGACGAAAAUGUCCCCAUCGUCAUUGUCGGAAACAAAUCCGACCUCGAGGAAGAUCGUGCAGUUCCCCGUGCUCGUGCAUUCGCACUCUCCCAGUCCUGGGGGAAUGCUCCUUACUAUGAGACCUCGGCUCGUAGGCGAGCCAACGUCAACGAGGUCUUCGUCGACCUCUGCCGGCAAAUCAUCAGAAAGGACACGGAAGGGAACGGAAAGUCUUCCGAUUCUAUAUUAAGAACGCGAGAAGGCCCGAACCGCCAUGACCGAAAGCGCGAGAAGAAGCGCCAAACGGGACGCCGGUCACCCUGUGUGAUCCUAUAG